AUGCGUAUCCCUCAAUCAACGCAGCUGCGGCUGCUGAUGCUCACGAUGCUUGCUGUUCAAGGUGCCGUGGUGUCUGCGCAGUCGUGCACGUCACACAACCAGUGCGGGGCCGGCUCCUUCUGCCGAGGGAUCGACAGCCCAGACUCUUGCCCACUGUCCAGCGAAUGCGAGCCCUUGCCCGCAGAGGGCGACCAGUGCCACGUGUACAGCUUGGCCUGCCGCUCAGACACGUGCGCGUCUGCGGCCCUGACGUGUGUGCCCGGCAUCUCCCGCUGCCUGGAGGUUGGCGCCAUCUGCAACACCGACGGCGACUGCGGCGCUGGCAACUACUGCAGCAAGUGCUUCAGCACUGCAUCAGGACAAGGCUUCUGCCUGCGUCUGCCGGUUGCUGGCGAGAUCUGUAACCGCAACUGCGCUGCGGACACGUGUGCACCCGGAUUCGUGUGUGGCGGUGACUAUCUGUGCCACGAAGAGGGCACAGAGUUCACCACCACCGCCUUCACCACCACAACCACCACCACGCCACAGGCAUCCUCCGUCCCAAGCUACUACUGCGCCAACCGCCCCUGCAGCUACGACGCAAGCAUGCAGUGUCAGUGCGACGACGCGUGUGUUGACUACGGCGACUGCUGUCCAGAUCGCGAGAAGGAGUGCACGGAUGCGGGCACGACCGCCAACCCGGUCACAACUGCCGCCGACACCACAACAGACCCAGACGGCGUGCCUGCUUACUACUGCGCCAACCGCCCGUGUACUUACGAUGCAAGCUUCCCCUGCCAGUGCGACGAUGCGUGCCCUGGCUAUGGCGACUGCUGCCCCGACCACGACGCCAAGUGCGGAGACGUGCCCGUGAGCACCACCAUGCCAACCACCACAACCACCACCACCACCACUGAUGCGGGCCCAGACACAACAACAACAACUACUGACAACGGCAGCGACACAACAACCACCACCACCACGACGACGACGACUGAGGGUGACACGACAACAACCGCAGACACAGGUGAAUCAACGACAACAGGCGCUGUGCCGGACUACUACUGCGCCAACCGCCCGUGCAGCUACGACGCGAGCAUGCAGUGCCAAUGCGACGACGCGUGUGUCGACUACGGCGACUGCUGCCCUGAUCGUGAGGACGCGUGUGGUGGCGGUGGCGGCGUGACCACAACCACGCCAGAUGCACCCACCACCACGACAGACGCUGGGGUCGACACGACGACGACGACGACAACAACAACAACCACUGCUGCACCCGACACCACGUCCACCACAGAUGGAGGCGUGCCUGCCUACUACUGCGCCAACCGCCCCUGUGGGUACGAUGCGAGCAUGCAGUGCCAGUGUGAUGACGCUUGCACGGGCUAUGGUGACUGCUGCCCAGACUACACAGAGGUGUGUGCUGGUGGCGGCUCCACAGCCCCACCGUUCACCACGCCGGACGGCACUCUUCCGCCCGGCACCGCGUGUGGAUACAGCCAGGUCCCAUAUGGGGUGACUUGCGUGCAGUACGUGUGGGAGUCUUCGCCAACAGCUGCGCUGCCCACGCCGCCGCUGAGCCUGGCUGAGAUCUCGUCUGUGGUGAUUGGCCACUACAUGAUUGUGUUUGGCGAUGGCGACCUGGGGACGCUUGACAACCGCAAGACGCUCGCAUUCAACUUCCAGACCAGCACCUGGGACGCUGCCACCGCCCGCGCGGAGCGCCCGUACUGGGGCGACCACACCGCCAUCGAAGUGUACAAUGGCGAGCUGUAUGCGUUUGCUGGUCUCUGCUGCCAGACAUUCUGCACCGGCUGUGGUGCAACGAGCAAGGUGCAAAUCUAUGACCCUGUGGACGAUGCGUGGCGCCUGGGCACGCCCAUCCCCUGGAACGUGGACGGCGCCAUGUCGUCAUCCAUCAUUGACGGGAAGAUUUACGUGUGCGGCGGACUGUGGCAGGACUGGCCCUCGCCAAACUGCGGCAUCUACAACCCGGCCACGGAUUCGUGGGCGCCAAUGCCAGACAUGCCCAAACCCAUGCACCACACCGGCGCAGGCACUGAUGGCAGCAAGUUUUACAUCUUUGGGGGCCGUCUUGGCGGCAACGGGCUCAGCCAGGGCCAGGACGACGUGCAGAUCUACGAUCCAGCCACCAAUACGUGGACAUGGGACAAAACAUCCGCCAUCAAGAGCCUCCCCACUGGUCGUACCGGCAUGGGCAAGGCGGCGUUUUUGCACGGCGAGUUUUACCUGAUGGGUGGCGAGUACUUUCCCGACCAGGACCCAAAGGUUCUUCCCACGGGCGUGUACAACCUGGUGGAGAUCUACAACCCAACCACAAACACGUGGCGCCAGGGUCCUCCCAUGCCCACGGGUUUGCACGGUCUCCACCCCGUCAUCUACGACAACCAGAUUUACAUUGCCGGUGGCGGCGAUCAUAUUGGCCGUGGCACUUCAAAGGCAUUCCAGCGCUACAAGCCCUUCUGA